CAGUGUCUGGCACACAUAAUGGCAGGUUACUAAGUGGUAAUGUACUCAUACUGUGUGUCCGUCACUCUGGUAAGUGUUAGGGAUGCAGAUGGGAAGAUUCCAUCCCAUCCCUCCUCUUAAGAAAUUCAGUUUAAUAGAGAAAACAGACAUACAUAAGUGCAGAAAUUGCUAAAAGAAGUGUGUCCAGAAUGCAAUCUGGACUCCAAGGAAACAGAGUUAAGCCACUAGAGUCGGGGAGGCUGGAGCAGACUUCAGAGAAGAACUGACUUGGCUGAGUAGGAGGUACCUGCCGGUUAUAGUGGCCCUAUGUGGCAGCAGUGCUGGGAAGAGGCAGGCGGUGAGGUGUGGAGUUGAGAGUGGGGUGGGAAAGAAUGGAAGUGGUAGUAGCUUGCUGAUUGCUUCUUCCCUUCCUCUGUAGGAAUUUUUCACAGACAACCUAUGGGACACACUCCCUUGCUCAUGGCAGGAAGCACUGGAUGGACUGAACCCACCACAGCUGGCCACAAUGCUGCUGGGGAUGCCUGGGGAAGGGGAGGUUGUCAGUCCACAGCCUGUGCCCUGGCCUUUACCCGGACGCCUGGCUUUCAGACCGCCUCAGAGUUCCUGGAGAACCCCAGCCAGAGCUCCCGACUAACAGCUCCAUUCCGGAAACAUGUCAGGCCCAAGAAGCAGCAUGAGAUCCGGAGGCUGGGAGAGUUGGUGAAGAAGCUGAGUGAUUUCACAGGCUGCACCCAGGUUGUAGACGUGGGCUCAGGCCAGGGCCAUCUCUCCCGCUUCAUGGCUCUUGGCCUGGGGUUGAUGGUGAAGAGCAUCGAAGGGGAUCAGAGACUGGUGGAGAGAGCCCAGCGCCUGGACCAGGAGCUUCUGCAGGCUCUGGAGAAAGAGGAGAAGAGGAACCCACAGGUGGUCCAAACCAGCCCUCGUCACUCCCCACACCAUGUGGUUAGGUGGGUAGACCCCACAGCCCUGUGUGAGGAGCUUCUGCUUCCACUGGAGAACCCGUGUCAGGGCAGGGCCCGCUUGCUGCUCACAGGCCUCCACGCCUGUGGGGAUCUGAGUGUUGCCUUGCUGAGGCACUUCUCCUGCUGUCCUGAGGUGGUGGCCCUGGCCUCAGUGGGCUGCUGCUACAUGAAGCUGAGUGACCCUGGCGGCUACCCACUGAGUCAGUGGGUGGCUGGGCUGUCUGGCUAUGAACUGCCCUACAGGCUUCGGGAGGGGGCCUGCCAUGCCCUGGAGGAGUAUGCUGAGCGGCUACAGAAAGCUGGCCCUGGCCUCCGAACUCACUGCUACCGUGCAGCACUGGAGACAGUCAUCCGACGGGCCCGGCCCGAGCUCCGUCGGCCAGGCGUGCAGGGUAUCCCCAGGGUCCACGAGCUCAAGAUUGAAGAAUAUGUGCAGCGGGGACUACAGCGAGUGGGGCUGGACCCCCAGCUGCCACUGAAUCUGGCUGCCCUUCAGGCCCACCAGGCCCAGGAGAACCGUGUGGUGGCCUUCUUCAGCCUGGCUCUACUGCUUGCCCCACUGGUGGAGACGCUUAUUCUACUGGACCGGCUGCUGUACCUUCAGGAGCAGGGUUUCCAUGCUGAGCUCCUGCCCAUCUUCAGUCCUGAACUCUCUCCCAGAAACCUGGUUCUGGUGGCCACCAAGAUGCCCCUGGGUCAGGCUCUUUCUAUUCUGGAGACUGAAGACAGCUAAUGCAGCCUGAGGACACAUCUCAGACCCCAUCAUCUGAAAGUGCCCAGAGAGCACAGUGGCAGAGUACACCUCAUACAGAGAAGCAGCAUCCUGCAUCCUCCUGAGUCGUGGUUCCUUCAGUUUCAUCCCCUUUCUCUCCCUCCAUGGAUUAUGUAAUACAGUGUAAAGUUUUAAUUUAUUAAAAAUUAGAAAUGUUUGUUUCCUUCCCA